UCAUGAGCUUGUUUUGCUUGAGUGAAACAGAGAGACGACAGCUGGACAUCAGUCAGCAUGCUGGGCUCUUUGAUUCUCAUGUGGAUAUGCAUCUUCUUCAUCUUCCUCCUAGUCCGGAUCCAGAGGCCAAAGAAUUUUCCUCCAGGACCUCGUCCUCUGCCAAUAUUUGGGAAUCUGCUUCAUGUGAACAUGACCAAUCCUUUGAAGGAUUUUGAAAGAUUUGCAGAACGAUAUGGGAAUAUUUUCAGUCUGUAUACUGGAUCAAGACCAACAGUUUUUCUGAACAAUUUUGAGGUAAUUAGGGAAGCUCUGGUUACGAAGGCCCAAGACUUCUCAGGACGGCCUCAAGACUUCAUGAUCAAUCAUAUGACGGAGAAUAAAGGUGUUGUUUUGGCUGACUAUGGCCCCCGUUGGAAGGAUCAUCGACGCUUUGCUUUGAUGACCCUGAGGGACUUUGGCCUAGGGAAGCAGUCCAUGGAGGAGAGAAUUCUGGGAGAGAUUUCACACUUUGUUGCUUACUUCGACAAAAACGCUGGAGGAAUUGUGAAUCCUCAGAAUAUGUUCCACAAUGUAGCAUCAAAUGUUAUUGGCUUGGUUCUGUUCGGAUCCCGUUUUGAUUACAACAAUGAAUUCCUUCAGCGCUACGUCCAGCUCAUUACAGAGGUUUCAAAGAUCCUCAAUGGACCAUGGAACAUGAUAUAUGACACACUUCCUUUACUGAGAAUCUUGCCCCUGCCUUUUAAAAAAGCUUUUGAUUGUGUGAAGAAGUUAAAAAGUAUGAAUAGAAGUCUGAUUGCUGAACACAAGAGCACAAGAGUUCCAGGAGAGCCGAGAGACUUCAUUGACUGCUAUCUGGAUGAGCUCGAUAAGAGAAAAAAUGAUGGUUCCACCUUUUCUGAAGACCAGCUCAUCAUGUACAUUCUGGAUUUGCACUUUGCCGGGACUGAUACCACUUCCAACACUCUUCUCACUGCUUUCCUCUACCUCAUGACCCACCCAGAGGUUCAAGCAAAAUGUCAGCAAGAGAUUGAUGAUGUUCUGGCGGGUAAAGAUCACGCAUCGUAUGAAGACAGACAUGAUAUGCCGUACACAAUGGCUGUGAUUCAUGAAGUUCAGCGCGUCGCUAACACUGUACCGCUAAGUGUGUUUCACUGCACCACCAAAGACACUGAGCUGAUGGGCUACAAUAUCCCGAAGGGAACUGUAAUCAUUCCCAACCUCAGUAGUGUACUAAAAGAAGAAGGCCAGUGGAAGUUUCCUCAUGAGUUCAAUCCAGCCAACUUCCUGAAUGAGCAGGGCCAGUUUGAGAAGCCUGAGGCCUUUAUUCCCUUCUCUAUAGGUCCUCGCGUGUGUCUCGGUGAGGGUAUUGCGCGUAUGGAGCUCUUCCUGGUCAUGGUCACUCUGUUGCGCCGUUUCCAGUUUGUGUGGCCCGAUGAUGCUGGGGAACCAGAUUACACUCCGGUGUAUGGGGUCACCCUCACCCCGAAACCCUACAGAAUGCACAUCAAGUGCAGACAGACAGUCAAAUUAUGAUAAUCGUGUCAAAUUUCUGUUGCAAAAGAUGACUUGAUGUUAUUAUUUUAAUAACAGUAUGUAUUAUGACUUUAUAAAAAGUUCAUAAAAAGAAUCAUGCAGUCCUUAAAUUAAAAAAAAAAAAAAAAAAACCUUGUAUGUAUCCCAGUGUGGUUUUAUUGUGUUCACUUGUAGGGUUAUUAUCAAUAAUGAAAACUAAAAAAAAAACAAAAAAACAAAAACAAAACUGGAACUCCAUGUGUAACAAGAAACAUUUCUUAAUAUAAUCAAUGUUGAAAACUAAAUUUGUUCAGGAUUCUUUGAUGACUAUAAAGUUCAAAAGAACAGCAUUUAUUUGAAAUAGAAAUCUUUUGUAAUAUUAUAAAUGUCUUUACUGUCACUUUUGAUCAAUUGAAUGCAUCAUUUCUUGCUGAAUAAACGUAUUAAUUUCUUUCAAAA